AUGGCGCCAGCAUGGUGCAUCCUUCUCGAGAGCGGCGAGCCCUCCGCUGCAUAUGCUUUCUUGCAUGGCUUCAGCAGGGCACAGGCCGUGUACCGCGUGCUCGACGACGAGGGUGUUCGCGAAGAGAUUGGAGGCCGUUUGGCAGCGCUCAUCGACGACGACGCCCCUCAACCAGACACAUGUCGCAUCUGCAGCGCGCCCUCGGAGCCAGACCAGCCCUUGUUUCACCCAUGUAAGUGCUCCGGCACCAUCCGCUACAUCCAUCAGGACUGCUUGACGACAUGGCUCGCGCACAGCAAGAAAAAGACCUGCGACGUGUGCAAAUACCCCUACGCGUUCACAAAGGUUUACGCGCAGAACAUGCCAGAUCACCUCCCCGUCAUCCUCCUCCUCCGCCGCUUUGCCCAGCAGACCUUCUUCGCCAUCCUCCUAUGCCUGCGCGCGGUCCUCGUCGCGGUCGUCUGGCUCGGCGCGCUGCCGUACAUCACCAUCUGCACGUGGCGAGUCUAUUUUGCGAUGGGCAGCUCGACCGCGUGGUGGAUCAGCGCCCGUCCGCGCCCGACGACCGCCAAUGAAUCCUUGUUCUACACCCUCACCGGUCAGGUACACGCGCCUUCUGUGAACGCGACCGUCGCACCCGACAACUCGACCGUCGCUGCCGCAGGCGCCAUCGCCGCCGAGCCCGCUUCUCCGCUCGCGCGCCUCAUCGCGCACCCGCGUGUGCGCGCGCUGUCCAAGGACAUCUUCACUGGCCAGAUCAUCGCGACGCUCAUCGUGCUCGCCUUCAUCGCCGUCUUCCUCCUCCGCGAGUGGAUCUCGCAGAACGCGCGCCCCGGCGUGUUCGAAGACCCGGACCUACUCGCCGAGGAGCUCCGCGCCGCGCAGGAAGAGCGCGUGCCGCUUCAGGUGCAGGUCGAUGCGAUGCGUGCGGGAGGAGCGCGGGAGGAGCACGAGCGCGAGGCGGCGCCGCCGCCGGUAGAGGAGAGGCCGAUGCGCCGCCUGCCUUUACGCGCGCGAAGGCGUGCCCCCGAUGCUGAUGCUCCCGCGCCGAGUGGGAGUGAGGACACUGCGAGCAACGCAAGUACUGCUACGGCUCCGCUGGGCAUUGCUUCAGAGAGCAAACAAGCACAGUUGGAAGCCGACUUGAUGUAUUUGGAGCAGAAUUUGGAGACGUGGAACCCGCCGGACCACCGUCGGCUGGAGGAACAAAACGACGGGGGAAAGGGAAAGGGACGGGCAAUGUCGGAGGAGGAGGCAGAAAGGGGGGAGGAGGACGGCGAGCGUAUGAUGAAGUGGAUCCCGCCGUCGGUCGCGAGCCAGGGUGCGGACGCCCGCAAAGCCUCUGCGGCGACGGACAUCCUGGCGCCUAUGCCGCGGCCGGGCCCGAGACGCACCGUCGGGCCGUGGCUCCGCCGGACCGCUGAGCGCCAGGAAAUGGAGCGCCUGGGCAUCGCUGACGCCUUUGCCCCCGUCCCCGCCGACGCCACGCUCAGCGACGCCGCGCAGCAGGCGCACUUCCAUGACUUGGGCCGCCAGUUCCUUAUGCGCCGCCGGCUGCUGUACGAGCGCCUCCGCGACGAGAGCCUCGCGAAGGGCGAGGAACCGCUCGCGUUCCCCGAAGAGCUUGUCGACGUGCAGCUCGACGACCCCGCAUGGCGCGCGCUCGCCCCGCCCGACACCUGGCCACCGCUGGCUGAAGACGCAUUUGUAUUGCCCGCGGAGCCCCCAUCGCACGGUGCACACACCCCGCACCCGCAUCGCGCGCGCGCGCCGAUGUACAGCCGCCCACGCCCCGUGCUCCCGCCCGUGUCGACCGACUCAGCGCAGCGCGCACGCACGGCGGACGCGCUCGCGGACGGAUCGUUCUCAUUCGCACCCCCGCCGCAGUUCGCAGCCCGGCUUGCGCCGUUGCCAUCGUACCCGCCUCUGCCAUACCCGAUCGUCGCGUCCCCACCCCCGCCUGUGUCGUCCGCGUCCGCGUCCACUACCGCGUCCCCACCAUUGUCAUCAUCGCUAUCGCCCUCACCAUCGACGGCGGCAACUUCAGGCCCGCCAUCCCCGCCGCGCCGCCCGCCGAUGCCGAGCGCGACACUCCCAGCGCCGACGACGCCGCCCACGCCGUCGCUCGCGGCGGGAAGUUAUUGGGGCAAGGAGCAGGUGCAGCUCGCAUCGCCGAGCCUCGCAACGUACCGUGCACCGGAAGAGUUUCAGCAGCCGGAGGCGGAGGACUAUUUCGAGCUUGGUGCUGCUGCUGACGCAGAGGACGAUUUGGAUACGGUCGCUGAAGGGGACGGGGCAGACGACGACGAGGAUUCGACGGCGGUGCUGAGGCGCGAGCAUGCAAGAUAUUUUAGUGAGCAGGGACAUGUGGCUGAGCGGGACGGGGAUGUGCCGACGCCGGUGGUGCCGUCGGACUCUGAGGACGACGACGAUGAGGAGGAGGUGAUGGAGGUAGUUCCGCGGCGAGCGGCUCGGCGGCGCGCUGCGUGGGACCCGGCGCAGUUCGAUGGGCCGGAGCAGAUAGACGACGAUGACGAGGGAGAGAUGGACGAGGUUGAGGGCGAGGGUGAAGGUGAGGGUGGCCGGGAGAAUGGGCAGGCGUUGGAGCCUGUGGAUGAUAUGGAUAUCAACGUCGAGGACGACAUGGACGGCGCCUUGGAAGGAGCCAUCGGGAUGCGAGGGCCGAUCUACACCAUCGCGCAGAACGCUGCGCUCAUGAUAUUCGUGCUCGACACCGCCAUCGGCCUGGCGGUGUGGCUCCCGUUCACGCUUGGCAAGUCGACGGCGCUCCUAUCUCUCGAUCCCCGGCGCGCGCUGCAGAUCCUCCAUUGGCCCAUCCGUGUGAUGCGCGUCAUCACGGAUCCUAUUACGGACUCGGUUUUGUUCUUGAUAGGGACGGUCGUCGUUCCUGCUACCGUUCGCAUCGUCGGUGCGCUUCUCAGGAUCGUUUUCCGGCCGGUGAUGUCCUGGGCGUCCAAGUGGCUCGACAACGGCCUCGUCGACGAUUAUUCUCUCAUUGCCGCAUCUCUGUACGGCCGACUGAAAGCGCAGCCCUGGGGCGUCGUGUCGGGAUACCUUGGCAUGUCGCGCGUUACAGAAAAAACAAUCGAGACCGCGCCUCCGCGGUCGUCCAUCCUGGAUGCCAUCCUUUCAUCUGAGCAUCCCGUCGUUCGGCUCGCCGAGCCACAUUUUGCCGUUCUGGGCAAGGAGGUGAGGGUGUCCUCGGAGAACGCGAAAGAGUUCUGGACGCGCAUGGCGCUAGGCGACGGGAAUGCGGAGAAGGCGUUCGCGGUGGCCCUCGGGUAUGCGGUCGUCGGGAUCAUGCUCGCGCUCUAUUUGAAUGUCCUGACCGUCGGGACCGUCAAGAGCGCGGGAAGAGCCGUCCGGAGCGCGGUGCGGCAGCAGCUGCUUGUGAUCAAGGUGGCUGCCUUUAUCGUCAUCGAGCUGGUUGUUUUCCCUUUGGGAUGCGGGAUCAACCUCGAUUUGUGUACUAUGUGGCUGUUCCCCGAAGCCAACCUUCAAUCCCGGCUGAUUUUCUUUCACUACGCGCCGUUGACCGCCAUCUUCUACCACUGGGUGGUUGGCACGAUGUUCAUGUAUCAAUUUGCCAUCCUCUUAGCAGGGUGCCGCACUCUCAUGCGCCCCGGUGCUAUGUGGUUCAUCAAAGACCCGUCUGACCAGAAUUUCCACCCGAUACGCGAUAUUCUGGAGCGUCCGGCGAUGGUCCAGCUGCGCAAGCUCUGCGUCAGUGCGCUCAUGUACGCGCUGGUGGUAGCGUGCGGCGUCGGCACCGUGGGCGGCAUCAUGCGACUGAGCACCACCGUCCUGCCCCUUCGUUGGAAACCUCGCGAGCCUCUUUCGGAGGUCCCGAUCGACCUUCUAUUCCUGCACAUCGUCCUCCCGUACACGAUGCGCUUCUUCCGGCCGAAGAAGGUACUGCGCAAGGUCUCAGUCGGGAUCUGGAAGUACCUCUGCGCAGGGCUGCGGCUCUCUUCGUACAUGUUCGGCGAGCGCAGGAUGGAGGAAGAGUUCAAUCGCUCGACGUGGUCGUGGUUCCCGCCGAAAGACAUCGCCAUGAAACAUUUUGACGGCAGCUACAGGAGGGUCCCCGCCAGCGACAAUGUGGUGAUUCCUCGCGAUAUGAGGGCUACUGCCGAGGUCGAUGGUGCCGGAGUGCCUGUGGAUGAUGCGGCUCGACACCUGAUAGAGACCCAGAACGCCGAGGCCGAAAAGGCUAAGAGAAACUUCAAGGACGACUACACGGUCGUGUACAUCCCGCCCCACUUCCGCUACCGGAUCGUGCUGUUCAUCCUUGCGCUUUGGGUGGUCGGGUCCGUGUUCCUGGUGGCUGUGUUCGCGACGCCGAUCCAGGUCGGCCGGAACAUCCUUCGGAUCUUCACUAACGAUGAGGUGCACGACGGCUACUCUUUCCUCGUCGGGUUCUACGCGCUGUGGGCAGGCUGGGUCGUCGGGUACGCCGUCGAGCGCAUGGACAGACGCCGUCAGCGACGCGGCGCGACCGGCGCACGCGCCGAGUGGCCGCUCUACUUCGUCAAGCGGAGCAUCCUCUGGCUGGCCAAGAUCUCGUACAUGAUGCUCUUCAUCGGCGUCGUCGUCCCCAUCCUCCUCGCGCUCGUCGUGGAGAUGUACAUCGCGCUGCCGAUACGGUUCAUGCUGAACCCCGACCUCGUCCCCCGCAUCCGCAUCGUCGACAUGUGGGCCCUCGGCCUGGUCUACGCCAAAAUUGUCCUGCGCGUGCAGGGGAUGCGCCCGAACGCCCCCUUCGCGGCUGGCAUCACCAAUAUCAAGCAGCACGGGUGGUCGAACCCGCACCCGGUCUCGGCGACGCGCCUGGUCAUCGCGCCGCUGGUGGCCGGCCUCGUGGGCAUGCUCGUGCUGCCCCCGCUCGCGGCCCUCGCCGUCUGCCGCCUCUCCCCGAUCCCGCUUGAUUACCGAGUACUCUUCAUGCAUGUGUAUCCGAGCAUCUUCGCCGCGGCGGGCGUGGCACGGAUGGCGGUCACCGCCGCGACGGUGCUCUCCUCGUGGUCGCAGUCGAUACGGGACAAGGAGUUCCUCGUCGAGAUGCGGUUGCGGAACUACGAGCACGAAAAACGGAAGGAGGGGCUGGCGAAGGAGAAGGAGAAGGAGAAGGGGCUGGAGGUCGUCGGGCUGUGACCUGGGUUCGGGUUCGCACUUUUCUUGGAAGCUUUGUUCUCGCACGUCGUACUACCGCCUGAAGCAUUCAUCACCAUAGACCCCAUCCGACAUAUGAUAAUUUAUAUAGUACGCAUACAGUGUGGACGAUACAAAAAGAACAGAUAGCAUGAAAGAAGUACAGAAGGAAAACGAUUGCGUUCCGCCGCGACAGUAAGUGAUAUACUCCCUGUGCGCCUCACUCCUCCUCGUCAUCGUCGUCAAAGUCGGCGUCCGAGUCCGACGUCUCGUACUCGACCACCUCGUCGCCCCGCACCAACUUGGUCGCCGUGCCGGCACGCAGCUUCCAGCGGUCGGGCCUGUUGUCCAUGUCCUCCAUGAGCCAGUCCAUAAAGCGCUCGCCCGUGAUGUCGCCCUCGCUGAGGUCGAUGUUGAAGCCGAGGUAGAUGGUCAUGCCGCCGCUGUGCGCGAUGAGACCCUUCUCGUGCGAGUAGAGCAUGCCAUAGUAAUCGAUCAUGUCGCUCGUCG